CCAACGAUGAAUAAUUUUCAAUUUAAAGUCAUGUUGCUAGUAGUAAUCCAGAGACAUUAUUUAUGGCGCAUGCCUGUUCACGCAUCACUCUCCAAAAAUCAGCAUAUUACACUUAUGUCACAGUUCCGCCGUUACAUGAAAUCCUAAACAGAAUUCUUCCAUUCAAUACAACCCUGCUAGACGUAAUUCCCCUCACUGCUUAUAUGGCCAUUGACCCUGAGGAUGUCGUCACUUGCUGGAGCAUUCGAAUGCGACACAGAACAAUUUUCACACUACUUCCAGACGAAAGGAAAUAAUCUUCCAUUUAGAGGACCGUGUUUAUACAUAUUCGUAUUCACAUCACAUCAUCGAAAGUCCGUUUGUGCCAUUAUUCCAUAUCUUCAUCAUCGAUAAAUUCUUUACCAACCCCCUAUAGAGGGGAUAUGCCUCUGGCUUUGACGUCGUCAUCAUCAUCCUCAGCAUGCAGUUUUAUGGAGAAGAAGAAUCAUCCUUGAGGGUACACGCCCACUUUCGGAGGCAGGCAAGCGAGGGCCCAGGCCAGCUGAGUCGCCGCAACACAGGAAUAAAUUGUAGAUGACUCAACAUCGUCUUGGACGUAUCCAUGGGCAACAUCUUCAACAAGGACACCGAGGACAUGACGACACGCCUAACGGGCAAGGACAGGCGCCUGAUUCGAGACUCGUGGCACGCUUUCAAGACGGAACACGAAGACUACGGCGUCAUACUGUUCACCUCGCUCUUUGUCAAGCACCCCGAAUACCAGCAGCUGUUCAAAAAUUUCCGGGAGAAAAAGCUCAGCGCUCUGAAAAGGGAUCCGAAAUUCAACGCGCAUGCGUCUACCGUGGGCCACCAGAUCACCGUCAUGGUGGAUUCUCUGGACACUCCGAAGACUCUGCUGGAAAUCAUUGUGAAGAACGCCGAGUUCCACAUGCAAAAGAGCGGUGUGGCACCCGAGCACUUUGUCGAGCUGGGACGCGUCGUCAUUGACGUUCUGUGCGCCAACCAGGAGGAGCUCAUGCCUCCGGCAGUUGUCAAAGCCUGGGAGAAGCUCUUUCGGCUUAUGAACGAGCAAACCGCGGUGGUGUUCGCCGACGAACCCAGACCGGUGAACGUGAAGAGCGCGGAUUCGUACAAGGUCGAGCACGGAAUGUCCACCGCGCACAUCCUGUCCAGGUCCAACACUCCUGCUGAGAGAGCCCAGAAUAGGCGGCUCUCUCCCAGGAUUUCACCCCUGAUGAGCAAAAGAUCAUCGCCGAGGGCAUCUCCCUUGUCGGUAUCUCCAACGGCAUAUGUGCAGCCCCAAGCUGCCUCGGAAGACAAGGUCAUUGGUCCAAGCGCCGCUUCCGAUGACCCCAAGCAAGGACAACCUUCAGCCGUGCCGCCUAAGGACCAGCCAAAAGCACAUCGAAAGUCUCGGACGUUAGAAAAGUCAUCGCACAGAAAAGGCGGCAAGGACCACGUUGGCCACGAACCCCCCUUUACCGCCUCACCGGGCUCAUCGUGACGAAUUGUCACAUCGUGGCAACGGGAUCUUACAACGGAACGAAACCGACGCAAUUGUGAACGGAUCCCGCUUGAGCGUGCAAAUUGCUCUGGCCAGAAAUCCUUGAGCGAGCGAUACGGGAACGCACUACGGAUCCUGCCGCAGGCUGUCACCGCGAGGCUAUCGAAGCCCUUCGGUGGGCGACUUGACGGAGAGCACCGUCGAGUUGCUUGUUAAGUUCGCGUUCCUUCACACAUCAUUUCUAUCUUGAUGCCGCGUUAAUAAAAAUGAUUAGAGUGACUGCUGCGCCAAGUUGCGAGCUAAGUGGCAUGACGUGUCUUAUCUGCACUGUAAUGACUUCCCCAUCUUGCAUUUGACACUCGAUUUUGACAACAGAAAGUGGGAGAGUUUGUCAUAAUUGGUGCGAACGCUCUCGUUUGAAAGUUCAAUGCUCUUGGCGUCGUCAGGGGAUACCGCAUGUGGAGGAGGUUCAUCAUACUCCACAAGUAUUGAGUAUCACGCGCCGUUCUCGGUACUUUGCGUUAUCAGAGUUCUAUAUUGUCACUUGGGUGUCGUGCGCAAGCAGACAAUCAUACAGAGAUGGGCACCAGAUUGUA